CGCCGUCCUGGGGCUGAGCCGGGCAGCGCCAUGGACGGGCUGCUGCUCCCCGGGCUGCUGCUGCUGCUGCUGCUGCUGCUGCUGCUGCUGCUGCCCCCGGCAGCGCUGCUGCUCUACAGGUGCAGCCCCCCCUUCCAGUACCUCUGCAAGGUGGCCUUUUUCAACUGCUGGAUCGUGGCCUUGGCCACCCUGCUGUCCCCCUUGGCCGCCCUCCGGGGCCGCUCCGUGGAGAACAUGAAGCUCCUGCGCGCCGCGCUCCUGCCCCUCAAGCGCUUCUACGGCAUCAGGAUGCGGGUGAGGGGCUCCGAGCAGCUGCAGCUGCGGGGACCCUUCGUGAUCGUCUGCAACCACCAGGCUUCCCUCGACCUCAUGGGGAUGGUGGAGGUCAUUCCCGAGCGCUGCGUGCCCAUGGCCAAGCGGGAGCUGCAGUUCCUGGGCACGGUGGGCUGGGCGUGCUGGCUCAGCGGCACCAUCUUCAUCGACCGCCGCCGGCGGGACGCGGCCAUCGAGGUGAUCGCCCGCACCGCCCGCGCCCUGCGGCGGGACAACCUCCGCGUGUGGGUAUUCCCGGAGGGCACCAGGAACCCGGGCAAAUCCAUGCUGCCCUUCAAGCGCGGCGCUUUCCACCUGGCCGUGCAGGCGCAGGUUCCCAUUGUCCCCGUUGUCAUCUCCCCAUACUGCGACUUCUUCAGCUCCAAGGAGAAGAGAUUCACCUCGGGGACCUGCACCAUCCAAGUCCUCCCCAGGGUAGAAACGCGGGGCCUGAGCCCGGAGGACGUCCCUGAACUGACCGAGAGCGUCCGCCAGGCCAUGGCCGAGGCCCUGGCCGAGCUGGCCACGAGUGACCACGGGGACCAGGACACGGAGCCGCCCCUGCUGGGGCCAGGGAAGGACAGGGGCAGCCCCCAGGGCCGGGGGGGCAGCAAGUAGGCAGAGGGAGCGAGUCCCUCGGGGACACCAGGGCGGUGUCCCUUGUCCCCUGGGGAGUGUCCUGCAGCCCUGCCACCGCCCCGGCAGGACGGUGCCCUAAGGGGAGCAGAGCAGGGCAGGAUGGGGACCAGGCAGCAGCCAAAACAGAGCAAGGUGCCCCCCAAAACUGAGCCAGGGGCCCCAUAAAACCCCUCACUGUGACUGUGCAUCCCUCUGUCAGACCUGGGGCUGUGUCCCUGUGCCCCUGGGGCUGUCCCUGUGCCCCUGAGCUGUCCCUGUGUCCCU